AUGCAUUUUUGUUAAAUUUUCAUCCAUUCUGAAUACAUGCCAUUUCUACACACUUGCCAAGAAUAACUUUUAAAUUGGUUAAAUUUCCAAAUUUUACAUCAAACGACUUUUCUGCAGUGGAGAAUACUGAGUAAAAUAAAUUUAUAGUUUAUUAUUUAAAGGACAUAGCAUAGGUGCAGUGCUGUUCAUUUAAAGAUUCUUAUGUGGACUUGUGAAAAAGAGGAGACAUUUCCAGCCAGCCAUAUCCUCCGUUGGGUUUCCUUUAAACAUAGGAAUGGACCCUACUAACAGCUUAACUGGUACUUGA